UCUUCGCAGAUGGUGCUGCUGGCUCGCUGCGAAGGACGCUGCAGCCAGAUGUCACGCUCGGAGCCGAUGGUUUCCUUCAGCACCGUCCUGAAGCAGCCUUUCCGCUCCACCUGCCACUGCUGCCGGCCCCAGACCUCCAAGCUGAAGGCCAUGCGGCUGCGCUGCUCCGGGGGCAUGCGGCUCACUGCCACCUACCGCUACAUCCUCUCCUGCCACUGCGAGGAGUGCAACUCCUAG